GAUCCCGGGUCUCCAGGAUCACGCCCUGGGCCAAAGGCAGGCGCCAAACCGCUGCGCCACCCAAGGAUCCCGCCCUUGUUACAUUUUAAAAUAUGAAAGGAUUAGAGAAAAUCGGGGACCGUGACUGGAUGCGGCUGCAAACCUGACCUACGCUCGAGCUCGCAGGCCCUUUCCCAACACGCUCCUGAGCUGAUGGGAAGUACUCACAACGCCAAGGGGCCUGAAAGCCGUCCCUGCUGGCUGACAGCUGGCGGACCCCGGGCUCACAGAAGCCGCACCUUGCUGGUCACCUGGGCCCUGGAGCCUCCAAGCCAGCAAGGGAGAGGAUCCCACGGGUCCGAUGCCUCCCGGGCUUUGCGUCUGGGCCAGCGAGCGCCAGCCCCGUGCAGGCCCCGAGGGAGGCCCGGCCGCGCUGAGAGCCUUCCAGCUCGACGCCCAGCACCUGCCGUCCCCCACUGGGAUGCUGGGCGACGCCAAGGACUUUUGCACAAAUAACCUCUUAAAGACUGUUAGUGUGUCUCAGCUCAUCCUUCGAUGGUUCUGGGUCGGAGACGGUAGCCCAGGAGAGCCCCGGCCUCCCCCAGGAGCCAGAGCAACCGGCCACGGCACCCGCGGGGCCCCAGGGGCUCCUGCUCUGAGGCCCACGGAGCCGGGCGGGCCCUCUCGGGUCGUGAGGAGGCUGCGGGACCUACGAGCACUUCAGAGGGAUCAGAACCGGAACCGGACCGGGCUAGAGCAGGGUCUGACUCAAGCUGGAGUGGAGCCAGCCAGAGGCCUCAGGGGAGGAACCUGGGGCUCAGAGAAGCUAAACAACCCGGUGAAGUCACAGAGCAGGUGUAUGGCCCAGCAGUCUGGCCCCAGGAGCCCACAGGAUUUUGAAAUUUGGCAGGCAUUUUGUACUUGGGCCAUGCCUCAGUUUGGACCAGCUAAUGCCACUCUAAGUGCUCAGAAGCCCCACAUGGCCGGCCUGGAGCUGUCACGCUGGGCAGUGCAGCUCCCAUUUACGACUCCAUCUUUUAAAGGCUCACUUCUCACACUGCUGUUCCACAGUCCCAAAUAUCGGUCUCCUGUCCUUUUAGUCUCCCAUUCCAAGCCCACAACCCCAACAGAAUAAAGAU